AUUUGUUUGUGGGACGUAAACACAAAAUGAAAUAAGGAAAAAUUUUUUGCUUGAGGAAAUGCGGUGAAUUUUUGCGCUGUAAAAAAAUCUUAAUAUCAUGGCACCAAUUCAAAGGAAAAAUGCCAGCAAAAAGAGUUCAGAAGCUAAGGAGAUGGUUAAAGUGGCGACAGAUGAAAAAUUACCAAGAAUAAGCAGUGUGGAGCCUAAGCCAUAUGUUAAUUUUAAAAUGCCAUGGGGGAAAAUUGUUACAAGGUUUGCGUUGUCAAUGCUGAUGGUCUUUGCUGUGUAUUGGAAUUCAAAGAAAGAUAUAGAACACGUCUUUGCUAGCCAAAAACAAAGUCUACAACUUUUGACAGCAGAAGUUCCCUGUUCUGACAGUUAUAAGAAAGAUGUCUCAAAAUUUAAAGAUUGUGCUCCAAAACAAUGCGGUCGUCUUGUUACUGAUAUUGUAGUAUCCCCUGAAGAAGCGUCUCAUCUUUUGCGUGUUUGUAAAAAAGGCUUAGCGUUUGGAGGCUCUAAUGGAGGAGCUUCUAUUCUGGAUUUGCAUUCUGGAGCCCUCUCUGAAGGAAAUGCUUUCACAAAUAUAUACAAGAAGUUAAAAGCUAGCUCAGCAAAAAAUGUAUUUACAGAAGAUGAUUUCAAAGUUUACUGCAAUGUGCGAAAAAAAAUUCAGCAAAUUAUAUCAUACCAUUUUGGUGUACCUGCUAAUAAGUUGUACUUGACUCACCCAACGUUUUUUUCUGAAAUGACGACUCGAUCAGCUAAAACAACUCAUGAUGAAUAUUGGCAUGUUCAUGUGGAUAAGCAAACGUAUCCAUCUUUUCAUUACACUUCUUUACUCUACCUGACUGAUUAUGGUGUCGACUUUUCUGGUGGACGUUUUAUUUUUGUUGAUGAACGAAACAACGCAACUGUUGAACCACGGUUAGGGCGUGUAUCGGCUUUUACAUCUGGAGCAGAGAAUCCUCAUUAUGUGGAGCGAGUUUCCAGUGGAGUGCGGUAUGCUAUGACGGUGUCCUUUACUUGUGAUCCUGAGUUUGCCAUCAAAGAUCCAACAAUGGCAAAGUUUCAGUGAGGUCGUACAAUACUUAACAAUGUAAAAAUAAAUUAUUAUUUUUUUAAUACUGUCAUUUAUUUUUGCUUUUUAAAUUAAUACCAGAAGAACAAUAUUCACAUUGAUUUGAUUUGGUGCAUUAAAGUUCCACAAAUUUGAAGAAAAAAUAUU